AUGUAUCGGCUUGAAGGACGGAGAAGUGGUAUUGAAAAAUUAGAGUCGCCGCUGAAAAACAAUCAGUUUUUGAAGAUGAAUGCUAUCGAUGAAGAGAUUUUCGGCAGUUUAGCACAGAAAAGCCGGGAAGCAGAAACCUUUCGUCGUGUUGCAUUUUUUGGCGUUUUCAUCUCAACAAUUGCUGCACUUACUGCCGUUAUUGCUGUUCCAACCGUUUUUGGCUAUUUACUUCGUGUACAGUCAACACUUCAAUAUGGUACUACCGCUGCUGUAGCAGCAGCCGUGGAUCAAGAUGACCCUACAAUACAGAAUAACGAUAAUAAUAUAGACAGUGCUGACGGCAUUACAAGUACUAUAAGCAGAAGCGACAGAAAUAAUGGCAGGAGCAGAUGCUCCUGCAAAACUGGCCUUCCGGGACCGCCAGGAGCACCAGGUGAAGAUGGUCGCGAUGGGCUUGACGGGGCGCCAGGAGUUGAUGGUACUGAUGGAAAAGAUGCAGACCCGUACGAACAACCAAGACCUGAGGAUUUCUGUUUUGAGUGUCCAGAAGGACCAGCAGGCAGUCCAGGAGAGCCAGGUCCGAAAGGCCCGAGAGGAGCACCUGGCGAUAGUGGCACAGCAGGUCUGGAAGGACCUCCAGGUCCUGUCGGACCACCUGUUCUUGGGUCUGCUGAUCUUGUUUACUGUUUUCAGUUGUCCGGUCCAGCAGGUCCACCUGGCCCUCCGGGUCCACCCGGUCCCGACGGUCCGCCUGGUCGGCGCGGCAAAAAUGGAAAUCCUGGGCUGCCUGGGCCAGCUGGUCCACCCGGCGAUCAAGGACCACUUGGAGCUCGUGGACGUGCCGGUGCUGCCGGUGAAAAAGGUCCGGCUGGCAAAUCUGGCGGAGCUGGCAGCUGCGAUCACUGUCCUUUGCCGCGAACUGCGCCUGGUUAUUGA